GCGUCUCAGUCAGAGUCGCAGCAUCACGUCGUGGAAGACCAUUUCGCCGCUGUGAUUGACGAUUGUAGGAAAGGUGACGGCUCCUCGAGCAGUUCCGUGGAUUCUUUCGUUCGUUGUGAUCAUCUCUUCAAUUUAACGAAGAACAAGGAUACCUGCAGUAUUUCGGAUCGUUCCGAGAAACUCGCGCAAAGUAUUGGACAGCUUUCUACCGAUGAUGGUGAUAUGUGUACAUCUUCUGACAUUGAGAUAAUAAGCAGUCCGAACGGAGACCAUUCGAAUGGAAGCGAAGCUGGCUCGUCCAAGUUUCUGUCUUCGGCGCAGCAUUCCCAUGCCGAACCUGCCUUUUCGGUUUACUCUCCUUCUGGUCGACGUGGCUCGAGGAGCAGUUCCAUUUCGCUCAUAUCCGAUUGCCACUCUCCUCCAGUUGCUUCCGGACUAGUCACGAGCAGUGCAUGUACUGCUCCUUUGAAACCGCAUCCCAUUCCUCAAAGUUUCACCAAGGCUGGAAGCCAUGAAGGU